AUGCAGAGUGCUAACGAAGGACCUGCCGACAUUAUUGCCAAGGUAUCUGGUGUUGUGAGUGGCGGUAAGAGGGAAGAUGAUAGCCUCUACUUUACCAACAACGAGGGCAUCCCGUUUCCCGAUCCUGCCCAUAGCAAGACUGUCGGAGGCAUUCCCGUCGCCAGCGAUGUGUUUCUCUUCCAGAAGCAGCAACACUUCAACCGAUCCAAGCCAUUGGAGCGAAUGGUUCACCCUUGCGGCUCUGGAGCCUUUGGUUACUUUGAGUGCACUCAAGAUGUCACCGAACUCACUAAAGCCGACUUCCUGUCCAGCCGCGGGGAGAAGACGCCCGUCUUUGUGCGGUUCUCUACCGUGACUUUUGGCCGCGAGUUCCCAGACCAAGGGCGGAACCCGCGCGGAUUUGCCAUCAAGUUUUACACCACGGAGGGCAACUAUGACAUUGUCGGACUCAACUUUCCCGUAUUCUUCUGUCGAGAUCCCAUUCAGGGUCCCGAUGUGAUUCGCUCUCAGAGUCGUAACCCCAGGAACUUUCUCCUCGAUUUUGAUGCCCUCUUUGAUCUGCUCGCCAACACCCCGGAGGCCAACCACGCCGGCCUCAUGUUCUUCAGCGAUCACGGAACUCCCCAGGGCUGGCGCUUUAAUCACGGAUAUGGCUGCCAUACCUUCAAAUGGGUCAACAAGACUGGCGAAUUUGUCUACAUCAAGUACCACUUUAUCGCCAAGCACGGCCAAAAGACGUUCACCGACGAGGAAGCCGUCGCCAUGUGCGGCAGAGACCCGGAUUAUUCCAAGCGCGAUCUCUGGGACGCCAUCGAGCGUGGCGAGGAUAUCGAGUGGACUGCGUAUGUGCAGGUGAUGCAGACCGACCAGGCAGAUCCCGAUAAGCUUGGCUUCGACCCCUUUGAUGUUACCAAGAUCUGGCCGAGGAAUCAGUUCCCCAUGAAGGAGUUUGGCCGGCUAAUGCUGAACAAGAACCCGGAGAACUUCCAUCGCGACGUGGAGCAGGCUGCCUUUUCUCCUGGCAGCAUGGUGCCAGGCAUUGAGGACUCACCUGAUCCUCUUCUUCAGUUCCGCAUGUUCUUCUACCGGGAUGCUCAGUAUCAUCGUAUCGGUGUCAACUUGCAUCAGAUUCCCGUCAACUGCCCUUUCAUGGCAAAAUCGUAUGCGUCGCUCAACUUUGACGGUCCGAUGAGGACAGAUGCCAAUCAUGCCGGCAACAAGCAGUAUGCGCCCAACAGCUUUGCGCACAAGUUCCGGCCAGACACGGCGGAAGCGCCAUAUGCUGUGAGCGACAACAUUAUGAGCCGCAAGAGUCACUACUGGCACGAAGGCAAGAAGAACGACUACGAUCAAGCGACGGAGCUCUGGACGAGGGUUAUGACGUCCCAAGAGAGGCAGAACACGUGCAAGAAUACGGCCAAGUAUCUCAGCCUCGUGAAGUAUAAAGACAUCAGGCUUUACAACAUUGCGCCUGACUACGCGACUGGCGUCUUUGAACUGCUCAAUGAAACUGAGUUUGACUUAGGUGAGGUCGAGAGCCUGGCGGAAACAGCCCAGGAGUGGUACAAGGACAAGAAGUUUAUGCCUUCCACUGGCGAGAACUUGAUGGGCAAUGUCCCUGGGAUGCCGGUGUAUAAUAUUUGA